GCAGGCGCAGUCGAGGUCUUGUCUGUUUCAGCCAUUGAGCGCUAGUUCAUCGCAUAAGUUUACUAGAUUGUCUUAUUGCAGCCGUGUUUUAAGCUUUGUUGACUGGUUUUAUGCCCUAAGAGGCUGAGAACAAAGGGUCUCCGUACAAAUUCAUUAGCAACACAUGGCGUUCAGGGGAUGUUGGAGGUUUGUUGGGGUUGUCCCUCGACUUUUGUGGGAUAGUUCUGUCCCGUGGAGAGCUUCUGUCCCGGUAGGGCGAAGCUGUGUGCCCGUCUUUUACAACAGUCGCCAAGGCACCGAGUUGCAGCUCCGCGGGUACAGUUCAGAGCCGCUGAGCACUGAGGUCAGUUACGAGCAGCUAAAGCAGCGCCUGAAUGACGGGAACGCGGUGGUGAUAGACGUCCGGGAGCCGUGGGAGCUCAGGGAGUAUGGCUUUAUCCCAGGGUCCGUGAACGUCCCCCUGGGUCAAGUCAACACUGCUCUCCAGCUGAGUCCAGAAGACUUCAGAGAAAAGUUUGGUGCUGAAAUGCCUCGCCGGAGGGACAACAUCGUGUUCCUGUGCUUGGCGGGCAUCAGGAGCAAAGCCGCUCUCGACACAGCUGCCUCGUUGGGAUUUAAAGACGCCCAGCAUUACCCAGAUGGAUGGCAAGGCUGGGCUGAACGUGAAGAUCUGAAGUGACCCACUGAUUUUGGAAACGGAUGUCGUUUAUUCAGGCAGGACACAUCAACAGCAGAAGAUGAGGCGUCUUCCCCUCCAAAAGCAGCCACACCGUUCUUCGCAGCUUCUUUAAGUCUCUGCUACAUGACUGCAGGGAAAAGCCUUCCUUCCUGCCAGGGUUGCUGUUGCUGAUGGAGGUGCAGGACACUGCUUAGCUCAUCAAUAAGCUGAAGCUUAUCAGCUUCAGGGCUUCAGGAGUCUUGUGUCUUUUAAACUCCUCAAACGAGUAGGCGGCUCUUUUUUCCACAUGGGACAUCUUGGAGAUCUCUAUUAAUUGUUAUAUUCUAAAGAGCAUGUCAAAAAUGUUACAGAAAAAGCAGAUUUUCAUUUGUCUAGAUUUUAGUUUGAUCCUUGUUCUGGAGGAUUUUUUUUAAAGUGUGAUUGGAAAAGUUCCUAAAGUUAGAAAAGCCAACAUUUACAACUCAUUAAGCACGACAUGAUUAUCAAGAAAUAGCUAUAAACUGCUUUGUUUCCAGCAAUCCCUGAACAUUUGUUUCUUUCAUGAAGUGCAGGUGUGUCAAACUCCAGGCCUCGAUGGCCGGUGUCCUGCUGGUUUCACAAACAGCCACACUCUGCCUGAUGCAGAUUACCUGAGCCAGGUGCGUUUUGGCCAUAGGAGACAACAGAAGCAGCGUUAGUUAGAGCUCAAGCAGGAAACCUUUUAGGACUGCAGUUUGAUGCCUGUGAUUAAAGGCCAAUUUAACUGAUUUUUUGUGCACUUCCUUACAACUUUGUCCCCCAUAGUACUUAAUACCCCAUUAUACCAUGGUCCUGGUGAAUACUUGAUUCUGACUGCUGGGUGUGCAUCAAAAAGUGAUAAUGCACAAUGAUAAUGCACGUCUAAAAAGAAGUUCUGGUCACAAAGCUUAAAUGUUCUAGAUUACUGCACCGGCUUCUUUAAAAAAACAAACUUUUGCUUCAUCAUCUGGACAAAAAGAAGUGGUAAGAGGAACUUUCUCUCUGAUCCGAUGGUUUGUUUAACCAUCAGCAUGUAUAUGGCUUUCUUUUGUCGCUGCAGCCCAGGUCAACGCGCCACACCACGUAGCAAAUAUUCCACUUUUAGUUAAGAAAGCGUUCGAAAAAGGAAAAAAUAAUAAGAAUGAAGCAGUAAAAAAUGGUUGAAUUUCUUUUGUAAGAGACCAUGGUACAAGUGGGAUAAUGGCCUUGUGGUAGAGUGUCUGCCCAGUGACUGGAAGGUCAUGAGUUCAAAUCCAGGCCGAGUCACACCAAAGACUCCAAAAAUGGGACCUAAUGCCACCCUGCUUGACACUCAGCAUUAAGGGGUUGGAUUGGGGGGUUAAACCACUAAAUUGUUCCCAAGCGGCUGUGUCUGCAGCUCACCCCUCCCCCAGGAGAUUGGUCAAAUGCGGAGAACAAAUUUCACACACUUAGGUGUGUGACAGAUAACAGGACUUUCAUUGAUUUUUUUCGAAGUGUGCAUUAUAAAAAAUCAACUCUCUUCGCUGAAGCAACUUUGCGGAGGACGGUUCAGGCUUCCACGGUGUGCAUUAAUUUCCAAUAAUGCACACUUCGUCGACCAUUGACCCUUAACUAAUGAGAGCCGAACAGAGCUUAGUUUGCACACUCCAUACCAGGUUUUUUAAAUGAAGCACUUUUCCACAUUUUUUUGUAAGUUUUUCACUAAUCAGCUUCAGAUUUCAUCAAGAUGGAAGCUUGCAGCCAUAACAAAAAGUUUAUAUGAAGUACCGGUAAUUAAAUCGUUUGGAACAACACUACUGAGUAGUAGCACUAACGGCAGCUCUGCUGGUUGAAAGAAAUCCAAGUCAUGCCUGGAAAAUGAUUUCCUUAUCUCAAGUGAACACUCUGAUUGGUUCAUGGCACCAGUGAAAGAUUUCUCCUUCCCGUCUAAGUCCCCACUUGUCUGUGCUUUUAACCUUCAAGUGGCAGCCUUACAGCGGUUUAAGUGUUUCCUUGGUUUUGUGUUAUUUAAGUUCAGCUUUAGUACAAAAGCAGGGCUAAAAAAAAACUGCAAAAAAAUGCAAUAUUCCUUCAAGUGACUUGAAAACUGUUUAUCAGCUGAAAUUCAUAACUCCUUAAAAUACUGAGUGAUUGCUAGAGUGGAGAAAGUGCAGAAUGGUUUUCACCUUUUAUGUACAAUGAUGGGUUUGUUUUGCAGAGAGUUGAUUAAUCCUCUUUUAAUUUUGUUUUUGAGGAAUACGUUUGUAAAUAGAUAACAUUUGCUGCUACAAUAAUUUCAAAAUAAAACUUGUGUUUUUAUCC